AUGCGCCCACUUGCCAUUUUUUUCAUCUUGAUCUCUCUAAUUAUUUUACCUACACUUCUUUAUCUAAAUUAUACUGAUGUUAUUCUUAAUGAACGGCUGCUACCCGACUUUAAUGAACAGAUAAAUGACUCGGUAUCUGAAAUACCUGAAAUACCUGAAGUUUCUUUCGAAGUAAUUCAUGGGCCGGUUGUUAUGCCAGAGUUAAAAAACGACACCAUAAAAGCUGAGCUUGGACGUGGAACUUGGAAGUUACUUCAUACUAUGAUGGCACGAUUCCCGGAGAAUCCGUCCACAAGCGAAAAAGAAGCGUUGCGCAAUUUCAUUUAUUUGUUCAGUAGACUAUAUCCUUGCGGUGAAUGUGCAACGGAAUUUCAAACACUUUUGGAAAAAUAUCCACCUCAAGUUUCCUCUAGAGAAACCGCAUCUCAAUGGGCUUGCGCUAUUCAUAAUAUUGUCAAUGUACGUUUAGAGAAAGAAAUAUUCGAUUGUAGCCUAAUCGCUGAUAAAUACAAGUGCGGGUGCGAUGAUGAAAAAGCUAAUGAAAUAGAUGACUUUACUAUUGAUUCUACUGUGAAUCCUACUACUAUUCCUACAGACGUUUAA